AUGGCGGGGGCCUUGAGGGGAUCUAUGAACUUGUUGAGGGUGGAGAAUCAAGCCCGGGAAAAUAUCAUAGAGACUAGAGCUGCUUUUCUUACUCGGGAAUUUUUGCGGACUAAACCAGAUGAGUUUCAUAAGGGUUCGGAGCCCAAGAAAUCAGAUGAAUGGUUGAAGCAAACAAUUAAGACAUUUGAGAUGCUUCACAUUGAUGAUAGUGAAUUGAGAGUGACUCUAGCGAGUUACUAUCUCAAAGGGGAUGCGGGCCAAUGGUGGAAGUAUGCCAAAGGUAGAGUGGGACCGACAUGGGAAGCUUUUAUUACUGCUUUCCAAGACAAAUACCUACCUCCCACUACUAGGGAGAGACUAGGGCAAGAAUUUCAAAACCUCAAACAACUAAACCUAUCCACGGCAGAGUUUGAAGUGGCCUUCACUAGUUUAUCCCAAUUUGCACCGGAGUUGGUGGCAACGGAGGAACGUCGUUGCAUAGAAUUUGAGAAGAGGUUGAGAACAAAGAUUUUAUUUAAAGUUGCCGGGAAUAUGAUCCAGAACUAUGACCGUCUUGUGGAGGUGGCGGCACAUGUAGAGAUUAUUGUGUAG